AUGUACAUCCAGACGGCCACGCUGACAGUGUCGCUCAGCCUCAGCGCCUCCGUCUCUCUGGGAAUGCUCUACAUGCCGAAGGUCUACAUCAUCAUCCUCCACCCUGAGCAGAACGUCCCGAAACGCAAACGCAGCUUCAAAGCUAUCGUCACCGCCGCCACCAUGACCAGCAAACUGUCGCACCUGGCACACGAGCGGCCCAACGGAGAGGUGAAGACGGAGCUGUGCGAGGGCGUGGAGGCCAGCGCGCCGCCAGCGAAAACAACCUACGUCAGCUACACCAACCACGCCAUGUGAAUCAACGACUCCUUCAACUCGUGGACGUCCCGGGACUUUUAAAGAAGCAGAUUUCUGUCACCACGAGGUGGCCUCAACACUCCAAGACAUCUGUGGUGUUUUUAUGUUUACAGACUGCAGGGAACGGGUCUGAACGCCGCCCAAAAACUCGUUAGGAUCAAAAGCUGAAAAAGCAUCCAAGUUUUCGCCAGGAAGUAAGAAGGAGGGUUACCUGAAAGCCCAAAAAAAAGAAGUACAAAAAAGAAAUUGUGGGGACCAAACAUAAUUGUUGUUAUUCUAAUUGUCCGUUCAAAAAAAAAAGUGAAAAAACUUGUGGUUGUGAACAUUUCUGAUUCUUGUCUCCUGUUGUCUCUGUCGACCUGCAUUAUGAGAAGAGUCCGUCGAUGUUUCCUGAAAACUGGACGGUAGCUUUUGGUUGUGAAAUGUCUAAAUGCCAUGGUUGAAUUGAAGCAUGCCCGUUUUUUAUACAAAUGAUCUAUUUAUAAUAAAGGAAUGUUUCACAA